GCAAUUUACCUUAAACACAAAGAGAGCCCGACGAAGAAAGGAACACCCAUCGUUUAGAUUUGUAUGUCAUCAAUCACCAUAAAAAAGUAAAAAAUUAACAAAAGGUUCACUACCUCUACCUGAAUUUUGAGGUCAUCACAGCUGAGAUGUUCGAUAAAAAGUGUUGGAAAGCAACUUUCCACGUGCAUUUUCAUGGGAAAUAUAACUGCUAAGAGGAAUGAUCCCAGCUCGAGUUCCGUAGACGGUGUUUACAAACAGAAAGAGGAUCAUUUCAAGCAGAUAAACGCGCAUUUCAACAACAGUUCGAGUGGUAGAUCUUUUGCCAGUGUCAGCAGUCAACAAUCCACCUACAGCUUUGCCAGACCUUGGUCCAGAGUUUCCAGACGAAGGUGGAAAGAAUCUACGCUCACCCUUCCCUACGAAUCGAGUAAAACAGCUUGGCCCGUCUCCCAGUCGGAAUCCUGUUUCUUGCCCGAGUUUCCCGUGUCGAUUUCCUAUAACGAGAAAAGAUUCGAAGUAAUCGAAGAAGUAAACAAGGGAUCGUUCGGUAAGGUUUACAAAGCACAAGACUCGGAAUCUGGACGUAUAUUUGCUUUGAAAGUCCUAUCCAAGUCGAAGAUCAUUAAAGAAAACUCAGUGCAGCAAGUGAAGGACGAAGUACAGAUCCAGAAGGUUUGCGGACAUCAUCCCUUCAUAGUCAACUGUCCUUUCCAUUGGCAGAGCCGAAAAAGAUUAUUUAUUGUUACUGAUUUUGUAGAGGCAGGAGAAUUGUUCAGCUUGCUUAAGAGUUACAUAACCCUUCCCAUAGAAUUGGUGCGUUUAUAUGUUGCCCAGAUAGCUCUCGCCCUAGAUUUUCUCCACAACGCCGGUAUCAUCUACAGAGACCUGAAGCCCGAAAACAUCCUCCUCGAUGCCUCCGGCAACGCUCAGCUAAUCGAUUUCGGCCUAUCGAAGUGGCUGUCCUACGGAUCCACCACCAAGACCAUCUGCGGCACACUACGUUACAUGGCUCCUGAAAUUUUGGCGACAGAACCAUAUGGACACGCGGUAGAUUGGUGGAGUCUUGGUGUUCUAGCUUGUCUUAUGCUGACUAAUAAGUAUCCUACACCUCCCGUGGAUCCGGACCCUAAUCCUCAAGACCGAAAACCUGGCAGUCUUCCUGAAGAUGUCGAUUUGGACGUUCCAUGCAGAGACCUGCUGUUGCGUCUACUUGAAGUACAACCUCAUAAACGACUGCGCUCUGUGAGAACCUUGGAAACAAUCGCUUUUUACAAGGGAUAUAGAUUCAGUGAAGUCAAGGAAAAAAGAGUAUCACCUAGUGAUCUCCUUAAGAAGUAUUUUCCCAACGGACCACCUUCUUCUACAACUAGUGAAGAUGUUUUAUUUGAAGAUUUUGAUGCAAUAACCGUAUGAUGUUAAUUAGUACUACAAAAACUACAUGAAGGUUCAGCAUCUUCUUAGAAUAAAUUUAAAUCACCACCACCGGUAAAAAAUUUGGCAUGGUGAAGGUAGUGAUAGUGAAGAAAUAGCACCAAGCAUAAAGAAGGUACUACUUGGAUCUUCUAACAUUUGGUGUUGUUAAUUUUCUUAAUAUUAAGACCGUCCUUAGAUAUCAUGAACUACAUGAACUAUCAUUUACUCUUAGCAUUGUAUUUCAUGCCAACUAAAGGUUCUCAUAUUUAUUUUAAUUAACAAAUUAAUAUUAACGAGGUAGGCGCAAAAUCUUGGUCCAAUGCUAUUUAAAUGCAUUCAUUUUUUUUAAUCCUUAGAAAACUAAUAAGUAUUUUUGAAAAAUUUGAACGCAGAAUGAAAGAUUACAUUGUUACCGAGGGCCGAAAGUCCCUGAAAACUUCUAUAAUCUUUAUUUUAAUAAGUUACAGGGGAAAAAUAAAGAAAACAUUUAGUGUGAUGAGUAAUUCCAAAUAUUUCACUCAAAAGAAAUUUUUUGUUUAUUCUAAGGGACUUUUGGCCCUCGGUAAUAAUGUAAUCUUUCAUUCCGCGUUUAAAUUUUUCAAAAAUAUUUAUUAGUUUUUUCAGGAUUCGAAAAAAAAAUAAAUGCAUUUAAAUAACAUUGGACCAAGAUUUUGCACCUGUCCCCAAUAAUUUGGUGCUCUCUAUAUUUUGCCUAUUUUUUCUGUUUCUUAUAAUACCCCAGGACACAAAUCGUUUAAAAAUCGAAAAAUUACUCGAAAAAUUGUUCGAUUUUUCAAGUGCAUUUUCGGCUUGAGUGGUUAUAAAGUGAUGCUGGAAUGUUCUGUCGUAGGUACUAUAAGUAGUUGAAUUUUGUUGUAGUAUUUAAAAUUCGAAUAAAUUUCGAAUGUUUUAUCUCAUCUUUAUUUUAAUUCAUUUGUUAAUGAUGGGAAGUGCUUGCCUAGCAAAAAUAUAGAAAGUAUUUUUAUAGAAGUAUUAACAUAAACGGUCAAUUGUAAAAGCUCAAUUAAAUCAUUCCUUGAGUAAUGAUAAAAGACAAAUUAUAUAAUUAGAAGAUCAUUUAUUUAUAUUUUAUAAAAAGAAACAAAAUUGUCCAAACUAGAUUAUAGUGUAAAAAUAUGUUUUUGUUGUAUUAAUAUUUUAAAACUCGUAGUGUAGAAUUUAUUUUAAUCAAUUAAUAACUCGAUUAAUUAUUACCUCAUCUCUUCUUUUGGCACUGGUCGAUUUACUAUUAUUAAUAUUAGAUAUUUACUAUUUUUAUUGGGAAUAAGCCUACUCUGGGCUAAUUAGCAAAAUUAAUGGAAAAGUUAUUUACCAGCAAUUUUAUUGCUGGAAUCGAAUUAUAAGAUCCUCCAUAUUAAUAAUAUAGGUAUGCAAAGUCCGCAGAUAGUGUGCUACUUUUUUUAUAAACAAAAUGGCGCCGACAAAUCGUAUUUUUUCAAUUAUUGCUCUAUACCUCCGAAGAUUUUAACUUUACAACAAAAACACCCAAAUAAAAAUUCACCGCAAUUAAAUUCUGCAUAGAGUAAUGUUUUUCACGAUUUGCUCCGACGAAAAUUUUCCUCGGAAAAUGCGGGUUUUCCUAACAAAAACUCUAAUUUUCAAAUAAAGUUUUAGGUAAGUAAUUAUUAAUCAAUAAUUAAAUAACUUAGUAUCAUCAAAGCUUUCUUGGUAUAUAUUGUAAUUCCUGAAGCUGGUGAAAAUUAAACGAAUAUUUUAGCAACAAUUCAAUUGUUAAUUAACAAUUUAUGAUCGCAAUAAAAACCAAAAUAAUCAUGAUACAUUGAUCAAACUAUCAAACUUAUAAAGAUUAUAAAGAUGAGAUGCUUAUUUAAAUUUUAUCGACAAAAUAUAAAUUUUUCUUCUUUUUGCAUAAUCUUUAAAUUUUGAAAAAAAAAUAGUUAUAAUACGCUGGUCUAAUUGGUAAAGUACAAAGAAAUGUUAUUUACCAGCAAUUUUAUUGCUGGAAUCGAAUUAUAAGAUCCUAUAUAUUAUUAAUAUAGGUAUGUAAAGUCCGUAGAUAGUGUGCUACUUUUUUUAUAAACAAAAUGGCGCGACAAAUCGUAUUUUUUUCAAUUAUUGCUCUAUAACUCCGAAGAUUUUAACUUUACACCAAAAACACUUAAAUAAAAAUUCACCCUAAUUUAAUUCUACAUAGAGGCAUGUUUUUUCCGAUUUGCUCCGACUAAAAUUUUCCUCGAAAAAUGUGGGUUUUCCCAACAAAAUCUCGAAUUUUUUUUGGCCAGUAAUUAUUUAUUAAUAAUUAUAUACCUUAGUGAAAUAAAAGCUUUCUUGGUAUAGAUUAUAAAUCAGAAGCCGGUGAAAAUGAAACGAAUAUUUUAGCAACAAUUCAAUUGUUAAUUAACAAUUUACAGUCGCAAUAACAACCAAAAUAAUCAUGAGACAUUGAUCAAACUUAGAAAGAUUAUAAAGGUGUGAUGCCUAUUUAAUAUUUUGUCGACAAAAUAUACAUUUUUCAUUUUUUUGCAUAACCUUUAAAUGUUUAAAAAAAAUUGUUAUAAACAAAUUAACAUUUCUCAGAAAUUGGUUAUUAUAUUCUAAUUUUAAAAAAUACUUAAAAUGCGUAUUUCAUAGGUCUUGAAAAUGAAUGCUUUAAAAAAAUUUUCCAACCAUUUGCAAAAUAGUUAUGAAACAGCAAAGUAAAUAUACGAUAUCUCCGUUGUUUAUAAUUUGUUUUAAUUGUUUCAAAGCUUAAAAGUGAGUCUAUGGUACAGUCUAAUUACUCACAAAGAAUGUCAAAAAUUAGUGCAAUGGUUAUAUUUUAAUCAAAGAUUAAAAAUACUUUUUUUUGUAAUUUUUAGCGCAAAAGUAGGCCUGAUACAGAGUCGGAGCUAAAAUGUUCACUCGAAGCGACUGACACGCAGCAUACAUUAUUUAUUAAAAGUGUACGUCGCGCGGCCGCCGGUCGUCGCUCCUAGUGAAAAUUUUAGCUACAGUACUAUAUUAUUCUACUUUCGCGCGUGUAAAUUACAAAAAAAUAUAUUUAUAAUCUUUAAUUAAAAUAUAACCAUUAAACUUAUAAUCGAUAUUUUUUUGUAAAUAAUUAGCUUGUACUUUAAACUCACUUCUACGCUUUGAAAGAAUUAAAAAAAUAUAAACACCGUAGUAAUCGCAUGUUUACUUUGCUGUUUCAUAACUUCUUUGCAAAUGGUUGCAAAAAAGUUUUAAAGCAUUCAUUUUCAAGAUAUUUGAAAUGCGCAUUUUAGCUAUUUUUUAAAAUUAUAAUAUAAUAAAAACUAUCUGAGAAACGUUAAUUUGUUUAUAACUAUUUUUUUAAACAUUUAAAGAUUAUG